CUUGUUCUAUUUGUUUUUGUCUAUUUUUUUAAGACAUGCAUGUUACAGAUGUGUUAACUACCGUUCUGUUAUUUAUUUAUCUCUUUUGUGUAUUUUUCCCACAAGACACUCCCAUGGUUUAAUAUUCAGAUCCGUAUUUCAUGUUAAUGUGCUAACUGUCUUCUGUUGUUUACUUAUUUGAAUGUUUUUCAGCAUAUCCUCACAUAUUUUUGACACUCCAUUUUUCAUGUUCAGGUGUUAAUUAUGGAAUUAUUUAUUAAUUGAACUUUUUAAGGUACAGUGUAGAUGUUUCGGUUACUGCUCAGCUGUUUCUAUCUUUAUUUUCUUUGUGCUCCUGUUCUUUCGUAGGGCAAUAUGUAACUCAAGCAUACAUUGAGCGGGGUUCGUUUCCAGCGAGUCAGGACAUAGACCCUGGCUGAGGUCAGGUUUGUACAGGAACGCUCGUACAAAAGCCAUUUGCCUGCUAUUCUCCAAAAGAAAAGACACAUAAACUGGGAUGUUUAUUGCCGCAGUCAAGCGCACCCCAGGUACUUCGAGCUCUGUAUGCUCAUGUGAACAGAAGCGAUCUGUGUAGCCUGCUGGUUUGUCUUCUUCCAUGUUCUGGUCCCUGGAGGUGCGAGAGACAAUUGGUCUAAAGUCGUAUCGUGGUAUGACAUUGUUUCUUUGACUUUGUAGGAAUACCCCCUGCGGCAUCGUUUGUGCUGGAGUUCAGCUAAAUAUUGUGGUCACAGAAAUAUGGUUACAUAUUUUGGGGUGCACUAAGUAUAUUUCUUGUGUAUUGGAUAGAAGACGGUUAAAGCUGACAUUUUGUUUGUGCAUCGGAAUACAACGAGAUAUAGAAUGAAAUAUUCGGAUUGCAACAAUUACUGGUAUAAACCUUCAUACUGUAUACUGGUAUACAACAUGUAAUUUUCAACAGGACUUGACUGUCUCCUCUGUAGGCCUUUCGAUGGCACAACGGUUAGCGCCUAUCACCAAUACCGUGACGAUUGGCUGUCCUAGGUUCAUAUCUCGUCUAGGUCACGGCGUUCUUUUUCUGCAUGUGACAUCUGUUUACAGGGCUGACUGAUUUGCCGCGAUAUUGCCUUAGUUGCUGGCUCGGCAAUACCCUCCUCCGUCUCCUCUGUUGAUGAGUUUUUGACAAUUCCAACUUUUACUUUCAGCUACAAGGCCUCCUAUUAUAGAUAACACGCAUUAGAGAAUAAGAAACUAUCAUCGUUCUGUGCCAUCAUCACACGUGUUCAAGCAGACUAGCGCCCGAUGCUGUCAGCACCAUGCCUCCAGCCACAGGUCUGGCGUUCUACCGCAAGAAGCAGACGCUGGAGAACUUGUCCUCUGAGCAGCCACAGAGCCUGCAGUCAGUCUACACCAUCGUCCGAGACAGCAUCGCAGGGAUCCUGGAUCACGUGACUUCGCUGGAACACGCGUACUAUGGACCUGAAGGCUCGCUGGAAGCAGAGGUGCAGCAUUGGAUGCCCAUCAUCCACCGCGUGAUCCGGCCAGCCAGAUUCUCUGACCUCAUUUCGCGCGCGCAACUGGAUGCCAUCGCCGACCGCGUGCAGGAUGUCACGGACAAGAUCGCCGUGACGGAAGACGAAGUGAGGGAGGUCUACGAGUGCGUCAACAAGGCCCUAAACUCGGUCCGCCAGGGCAUGCGUGAGGAUAUUGAUCUUCUGGAGAAACUCUUGGAGUUUGUGGGUAGAUACUGUCGCAGCUUCAGCCCUCCGGAAGGUGAGUCGCUUCUGGAGACUGCCACGAACUACGAGAAGCAGCUAAGAGAGAUGAGGCGGGCCGUCAGCAUAAACCUACGCAACAUCCUCCUGACUGUUGACAAGUUCGAGAAGGAGACCCUGAAGAUUCACCAGUUCGACUUCGUCAUGAAGGAGGCAGGCGAAAAGGCUGGGUGCUCGCAAGCAGCCUUCCUCCUUAUUUUCCCGGCAGCUUGCCACCACUUACGGAAUGCCUGUCGUGGACUGGAGAUGUGGCUUGACGCAGAUGCGGCCUAUGCGGACUACCUCCGCCUGGACAUCGAAGACCUGGUCCAAAAGAGAGCACUACAGGCCAGGGUCGUUCAGCAGUACGUCACUUCCGCUGGCGAGCACGAGCACCGCAUCAAGAACAUCUCUCGAGAGAUAGCAGCCAGUGGCAAGGAGCUGACACGCUUGCUGCCCAAGCAGAAGAACCUCGCGAAAGAAGAACGGGGGUUGCGUGAUGAGAACCACGAUGUCCUUGUGGACUUGGACAUUAAGGAGUACCGCAGGCAAGAGAUGAGGAUUCUGGGACAUGACGACAGCGACGCCUACUCGGCACUGCUAAAGGAGAUCGAUGUUUUGAGGAAACGUAGGCCCGCCAUCGACCGAAAACUGAAGGAACUGGGCAUCAAACAGAGCAUGAUUGAAGAAAAGAGAACCAGGUGCCAGAGCUUGGCUCGAGAGCUGGAAGCAGCGCGCGCGGACUUGCGUGGCUCGAGGCGCGCUGCACGCAAAGCGGAAGUGGAGAUGGAGAAGAUAGACGCUUGCCUGCAACGGUUGCGCGAGAUCCUCCGCCUCAAGACCUCGUCAGAGACGUUAAAGAAGAUCUUUCACAACCUGCCGCUGACAUCGCUGCACCCGGCCUCUCACACAGGGAGAAGGACCAGGAAAGACCGGCUGCAGUCUCUGUGCCAAAUCGUUGCCAAAGCAAUCGACGGCGACUGGGUGCGUCUGUAUCAAGCGCUGCUCUUCCAUCCUCCGCGAGGAACACAGAUCAUCCUGAACGACGUCGACGACAUCUGCACGCGGUUCAUGCGGCAUUCGAUGGACGAGCAGGCUGCCCAGAGUCUAGCCAAGUGGCGCCGCCUGCACAUCCGGGCCUGCGCAGAGGACUUGCGCGGCGCCUUGCAAACCAUUCGGCGACCCGACGUCGUGGAGCUUAUAGACGCCGCCAUGACGCGGAGCACCGAGACUAAUCUCGUGCCCAAACCAUACAGGACGGUUCGUUUCCCGCGCUUGCCUAGCCGGACUCUCAGCUCUCUUCGGUAAGGAGCAUUAUCUCGUGCAAGCGCAUAAAAAUACAAUUUGUGUACAUUCCAUUCUGCAAAGUGUAUUCAUUAGUGAUUCAAGAAGUCACGUGCAAGAGCUUGUCACUUCACAUUUCUUGGGAUAAAAGGAAGAAAAAUAGAAAAGAUGUUCCAGACAUUCUGUGUGUGAAAGAAAUUCAGCUCUAAAUGUUGUAUCGGUCAUUAAUUAAACUGAUAUUGAAGUUCU